CAGGGUGUCACUGUCGAAGUCAUCAAGCCUGGUGAUGGCGUCCACUUCCCCAAGAAGGGCGACAAGGUAACAAUACACUACGUCGGCACCUUGUCGGACGGCCGUAAAUUCGACUCGAGUCGGGAUCGGGGACAACCGUUCGAGACCGAGAUUGGUGUGGGCAAGGUGAUCAAGGGCUGGGACGAAGGUGUCCCGCAACUAUCGUUGGGCGAGAAGGCAGUCUUGACCGCAACACCCGACUUCGCAUAUGGCGCGCGCGGCUUCCCACCCGUGAUCCCCCCGAAUUCUACGCUGAAGUUCGAGGUCGAGCUCCUGAAGAUCAACUGA